CUUGUUUUUCGCUCUAAUGCUAGUUCACAGAAUCGUGAUGCAUUAGUAGGGAUUUCCCACAAAACCAUCAAAACACGACCCGAAACACUCAAGACUGCCUGGGAGUCCAAACAAAGCCGUCAACAGUAGUAGUGUGCACAUUCUCUUUCGCUCACACUAGAGUCUAAGGGAGAACCCAAAGACUUGACAGGGAGCCGAACAAACCGUAUAUGAAGAGCCUUAAAGGAUAAUCCUGGCCGGACUGUACUCUAGUGCGCUGCACGUCCUGGCAGGGUUUAGGUCCUUACUUCUUUCCAUUUUGACUGCUCUUACACAUAGUUCUGGCCACGAGCCCAUCGAAGUUGUGGUGCUUGCUGAAUAAACACCACCGAUCUUCUCACGAAUUCGACAUAUAUAUAGCAGCUAGCGGCCACUGCCAAUUCUCUCAGGAACCAGAAUGGGCUUGCUAUCGCGAGUGAGCGGUUAUUAUGGACCUAUGAUCGCGAUUGUUCUUGGGAUGAUCCUGGUAGUGCGCUCAGCGAGGCUUAGGCGAAAACUUCCGCCUGGUCCAAGAGCUCUUCCUCUCAUAGGAAAUCUAUUGGAUCUCCCACGCAGCCACGAAUGGUUGACGUACGUUGAGUGGGGGAGAAAAUUCAAUUCCGAUAUCGUUCACUUCGAAUUCGCCGGUACCACGACCAUAAUCUUGAACUCCUAUGAGGCCAUUAACGACCUUUUGGAAAAGCGGUCAAAUAUAUAUUCAAGCAGGCCGAAAUGGACGAUGUUGAAUGAGGUGAUUGGAUGGGGUUGGAUACUCAUCACAAUGCCCUAUGGGAAGUCGUGGAAUACCCGCCGAAAACUCGUUCAUCAAGAAUUCAACCCCAAGCAAUCAGAACGCUAUGAACCGCAAACAGUCAAGGCAGUCAGAAAUCUACUGGUUGACCUUCUUCGUGAACCUGACAACUUCUGUCAUCUUUUUCGACACAUGGCCGGUUCUAUAAUUCUCUCUAUAACAUAUGGCAUCACCAUUAAACCAGCGGAAAUCGGUGACCCAGCGAUAGACACGGCUGAACGAGCACUUGAGGGUUUCGAGGCUGCUGCUGUCCUGGGGUCAUUCCUAGUCGAUUACCUUCCGAUUCUCAAAUACGUACCUCCAUGGUUUCCUGGGGCGUCUUUCAAACUCAAAGGAAGAGAAUGGGGGAAGGAUGCUGACAGGAUGUUGAACGAGCCUUUUGAUAUUGUCAAGGAGCAGAUUGUUAACGGAUCAAAUAGGCCCUGUUUUGUCUCUUACUGUCUGGACAGGAAGAAUUCCAAAGAUGUGGAUGAAACAGUUGUACGGGAGUCUGCUGGUGCUAUGUAUCUUGCUGGCACCGAUACGACCGUCUGCGCCCUUCAUAUCUUCAUUCUCGCCAUGGUGUGCUACCCCGAAGCCCAGAGAUUAGCUCAAGAAGAACUGGACAGGGUUGUCGGCCCAGACAGGCUACCGGAUUUGAAGGAUCGCGAUGACUUGCCAUACAUUACAGCUAUUCUGUAUGAGACCAUGCGCUGGCAACCAGUCGAUCCACUUGGUUUAGCCCACCUUGUUACGGAAGAAGACGAAUACAGAGGGUAUCGAAUUCCGAAAAACUCGGUAGUUAUCGGGAACGUUUGGGCUGUAUUCCGAGAUGCAGAGAUAUACGGACGGGACACGGACAAGUUCAUUCCAGGUCGAUUCCUUACUGCAGACGGUCAGAUUAAUCCCGAUAUCCCGGAACCCACAAUGUUUUGGGGAACUGGGAGGAGAAUAUGUCCUGGCCGUCAUUUUGCAAUGAUAAGUAUGUACGCGGCCGUAGCAGGCAUGCUAUAUUCCUUCAACAUUAGGAAAGUCAGGGACAAGUUUGGAAAUGAAAUUGUGCCAAGUCAAGAGUUUACGUCGUCUUUACAGAGUCGGCCUGUACCAUUUCCAUGCGAAAUCAAGCCACGGUCUGAACACCACGAGAAACUAAUAAGAACCGCUGCGGUUUUGAUGAACGAUGUUGACGUUUAGGCAGUUAUUGAAUGUUUGCACUCGUUCGUGUUUUGUCCGAGUUUGCGCUGCGGUGAUAUUGUUCUGUACUGAUGCUAAUUAAUCGAGAGUUUUAUUUUGUAUUGCCAGGAUUCGGGGCGGCAUUGAAUUGUGUGACGAUGAUUUUGCCCGCCGUCGGAUGAUCAGAUAGAUAGAUAGAUAGAUUACGCAGCAUGGUCCCACAAGGGAACCGCCGGAACUACUAGUACUACCCUAAAGCGAGCUCACCCCUCUCAGGAGGCGGUAGACUGUAGGGCGACCAGCAGCC